CGAUAACAGUUCAGCUAGUUUCGGCUGUCACCUCACCCACUACAGUGCGAUCUAACAACAACAACAUGGGUGCCAUAAAACAAUACUUCAAGGAGCAGUUUCAGCUCCGAAUGCUGUUUCUGGAUCACAUAAAGCCUUCGGACUUCUACCUGAGUUGCUGGCAGUCCACGAGGUCUUCUGUGCCACUGUUGUUAAUCCGUGUUCUUUUGUUUCUGACGUCACUGGGCAUAGCGCUGUAUUCGUCCAUCCUGUAUAUGAAGUUUGGUUGGUUCAAGUUCUGGUUCAUCUACCUGACGCACUGGGGGCUCACCCUCAACACGUUGGCUACGGGGUUCGCGGUGGCCGUCUCAGCACGAUGCCACUUUUAUGGCCCGAUAACAUCAGGCACUUUGCCGUGGUACGUGCGCAUCUACUGGCUUCUGUUCAACAUCGCGACGCCUCUCGCCUUCCUCAUCACUAUAUUUUACUGGACUUUGCUUUAUAAUGCGGGCGUGGAAGAAGAGCUAAACCAUGCGCUAGACGUGUGCGUGCACGGCGUGAACUCCGUGGUGAUGUUCCUGCUGCUGCUGAGCAGCGCGCAGCCCGCCCGGCUGCUGCACGCCCACCAGCCGCUGCUGCUAGCCGUGGUCUAUGUGGUGUUCGGCGCAGUGUUCUACGCGGCUGGGGGCACUGACCCAUUCGGCAACCCAUACAUCUACAUCGUGGUGGACUGGGCCAACCCCGGCCCGACGACCGCCCUGGUGGCCAUUACAGGGGUGCUCCUCAUCGUCCUCUACGCCGCGGUGGUGGGCGUGGCCGGCGCCCGAGACCUGGUGGCAGCUAAGCUGAUGAGGAAGAGCGAAGUUGUGGUGGAGGAAGCCGGGGUUCCGUUGAGGCAGCGGCCGCAAGUCUAGUGACGCCGCGGAUGUUGAUGGAUAAUUGUGUUUUUUUUGUAGUUGUAGGUUAUUGUUACGGCUCUGUGAGUUAAAUUCAAUUGACUACUUAUAAGUAUUUAUAGAAGUUUUAUUUUUAAGCAUAAGUACGUGUUUAUUUUGUCACAAAUAAAUAAGUAUGUUUUUCC